AUGGCGUCCAAACUCAGACUUAGCAAAGCAUCCUUACGUUUCUUUCGUGUAAUUUGUGAACUGAAACUAUACACCAGCAACUACAAGUUAAAGUUGGAUUACACCAGCAACUACAAGUUAAAGUUGGAUUACACCAGCAACUACAAGUUCAAGUUGGAUUACACCAGCAACUACAAGUUAAAGUUGGAUUACACCAGCAACUACAAGUUCAAGUUGGAUUACACCAGCAAGUACAAGUUAAAGUGGAUUACACCAGCAAGGGCAGGAUGUGAGGACUUGGAUGCGCCACCUAAUGGCCAAAUUCUAGAACUAUACGGAGGAGCAUUGACGAAGUUUGAUUGUAAUCCAGGUUAUCGUGUUGAUGGAUCGCUCAGCCUUUAUUGUGAUGGAUCCCAGUGGAAUGACACUGUACCUUUAUGUGUUGUGGCCUCGGACAAUUCUCCAUUGUUCUGCGACUUCGAGGACGCGUCUUUAUGUGACUGGACACACGACCCUCAGCAUGAUUUUGACUGGAAGCAACAUCAGUUUGGUACGCCUUCCGGUCAUGUGGGUACUGGACCAUCUUUUGACCACACACUCGGUCCAGGAAAAGCAGGUCGAUAUAUGUAUAUUGAGGCGUCAGCACCUCGCAAGGAAAACGACACCGCUAGGCUUUAUUCUCCAGUUUAUCCUGCAGACAAUAGCAACAGCUGCUUUACCUUCUGGUACCACAUGUUUGGAGCCCAGACAGGCUAUCUCAGAAUAUACGUCAAGUCGUCCAUGCAUGUUCUGGCCGAACUCUCACCUGAUUGGGAAAAGUUUGGUGACCAAGGCAACCAGUGGUUAGAGGGGCAGGUGCCUGUUCCAGAACUAAUAACAGAAUUUCAAAUUAUUAUUGAAGGGGUUCGCGGUGCCAGCUACGUUGGUGAUACAGCCAUUGAUGACGUCAGGCUCCAGCUCAACCCCUGUCAAGCGUCCACAUCUCAAGAAAUAACGACGACAGGCUCAACAUUUUCAACAACAGUAAAGAAAUACGUACCUCUAAUAACGGAUUCAACUUCUACCUCGGUAAUUACUACAAAAUCUACUUUUUUCUCUACUGGACUUUCAAAAAUCACCUCAACUACAAAUGUGUCAACUACAAUAUCAUCAACAAAACCUACCAUAACACCAACAAUGAAAACUACCACUUCCACUUCCACACCAACUACAACAAAAACUACCCCCAUGCCAACUACAACAACUACUGCUACCACACCAAUUACUACAACAGCUACAACCCCAUUAACUACUAGAACUCCACCAACUACUACUACAACUACAACAACAACUACUACCGCACCAACUACUACAACUACAACAACUCCACCAACUACCACAACUACAACAACUACUACCACACCAACUACUACAACAACCCUGCCAACUACAAGAACUACAAAAAUAACUACUAACACACCAACUACUACAACUACCACCAUUACACCAACUACUACAACUGCCACUACUACACCAACUACUACAACUACCACUACUACACCAACUACAACAAAAAAUACUGCUACUAUCAAAUCAAUUACGAUUACAAACACCCCUUCUUCACCCACUACAGCCUCAUCAGUUACAACUUCUCAACAGAUAGCUGCAAAGGUGUUAACCACAAUAAUUGAAAAAUCUACUUCCAAAUUUAUUACGACACCUUAUUCGACUACAAAUGAUGAAACCCUAUCAACCAUCCCAACAAACUUACCAUCUGCAGGAAGUACUAUUUCGGGAUCUAUCACGCCAAUUAAUUUAACUAUGUCGGAGGAGGCCUUGACAGCUACCACACCUAUGAUUUCUACUGCAAGGCCAACGAACGUAACAACAGCCCACCAUAGAUCCGGAAAUCCUUCUGCAUCUACAGGCAAUUCUGGCCAGAGUAUUUCUCCACUUACUAUUGGAAUUGUCGUAGUUUCACUAGGAGUGGUAGGUUUCGUAACUUUGCUUGUCAUCGUGUUAGUCAAAAAGAAAAAGAAAGGGAAGAUGAUGGACGAAUAUCCCGAAAUGAAAUAUCUACCAGACAAUGAAGUUUUGGAGUACGCCGACGCUACCGCCGAAGUCAGCACUUAAACAGGUGAAAUGCAGUUUGCUCCACAAGGAACUGGAGCUACAGUUAUUAAAUAAUGGCACCUAAUAGAACUUUAACUGGACACAAGCUGUUGUUUGGAAGAUCAUGAUAACUAGAACCCUCGUUGAUCAUGAUAACCCUUGUAAAUAAGCUGUGAUUAUGUUCAUAAUUGUGGACUAUAAACAGGUUUUAUAGGACUUAACAGUCAGUGAAAGAUGA